AUGAACGUUGAAGAAGAAGUUGAGAAGCUCAAAGAAGAGAUCAAAAGAUUGGGCAAACCCCAGGAUGAUGGUUCUUAUAAGGUCACUUUUGGCGUUCUGUUUAAUGACGAUCGAUGUGCAAACAUCUUCGAAGCACUUGUUGGAACAUUGAGAGCUGCAAAGAAGCGCAAGCUCUUGACGUAUGAUGGCGAGCUUCUGCUUCAAGGAGUUCAUGACAAUGUGGAAAUCAUUCUCAAACCUAACCCAGCAACAACAUCAUCAGCUGAAGCUGCAGCAGUGAAGAGUUGA